GCAUGGUGCUCCACAAGGCCAUUCAGGCAGCUCGUGAGGGGGAUGUGGAGACUCUGAGGGCCCUGCAUGUGUCCGGAUGCCUCAGCCCAGCCAUCACAGACACCCAGGGAGCUUCACCCGUCCACCACGCCGCCCGCUGCGGGCAACUGGGCUGCCUGGAGUUUCUGGUGAAUGAAGUUUGUUUCCCCUGCCACACCCGUACGAGAAAUGGAGCUACGGCCGCCCAUGAUGCUGCUGCCACCGGGCACGUGCGGGAGCUGCAGUGGCUGCUGAGACAGGAGAAGUGUGGGAUUGAGGAUCGUGAUGGCGAGGGAGCGACGGCCCUGCACCUGGCUGCCAGAUUUGGCCAUGCGGAGGCAGUACAAUGGCUGUUGUUUGAGGGAGGCAGCACAGAGGCAGAGACAGAUUGUGGAGCUCGACCUGUCCAUUACGCUGCAGCCAGCGGAGAUCUCACCUCCCUCAAACUGCUCAUGUCCAGCCCCCCGCGGUGUGUGGACUGCCAGACAGGUACUGGGGCCACACCAUUGUAUCUAGCCUGUCAGGAGGGGCAUCUGCAUGUGGCUGAAUACCUGGUGAAGGACUGUGGUGCAAAUGUCCAUGUGCAGGCCAAAGAUGGCAUGACUGUAUUGCAUGCAGCUGCACACAUGGGACACCACGCCUUGGUGGUCUGGCUGGCCUCCUUCACAGAUCUGGAUCUGUCCUGUCAGGACAGAGAUGGAGCCACAGCACUGCACUUUGCCGCUAGCGAGGGCCACCAUCGCAUUGUAGAGCGUCUCUUACUGAUGGGAGCAAAAGUCCUGAAAGACCUCUGGGGUGGGACCCCUCUGCAUGAUGCAGCAGAGAAUGGAGAACUGGAGUGCUGCCGAGUGCUGCUGAAUAAUCACAUCAGUCCACUGGAGAGAGAUUCGGAUGGGUUUACUGCAGUGGACCUGGCAGAAUACAAUGGCUAUCAUGAUUGUGCCAACUUCCUCCGUGAUGCUGAUGCUCAUCAGUCCGCAGACAUUGUUGUCAUAGAGGAGGAAAGGACCUUGUUUAACACAACCAACCCCUACCAGGACAUCAACAACCAGUCCUGUGAACUUGGACAUAGUGGCCGGAUGGAAAAUAGCAAGCCGGUGAAUGAAGUGCCUCCCCAGCCUCGUCCCUCUCCAGCAUGUCUGGAUACUUCAACCACAUCUCCGGCCUCCUCACAGGCUAACAGAGCUGGAGCUGGAGCUGGAACCAUUCAACACAUGCAAGUGGCCUCUACCGUUGUAACUUCAUUUAACAUGAGGAAACACCUUGAGGAAGAGGAGACGGUUUUAUCUCAUAAGUCCAUGAGGUCACUGAGACAAGCAGGAAUCACAGCGGUCUUCACUGGACAAACAAUAAAUAAAGGAGAGAAUGGAAUUGUUCCGCUUGCAGAGUUGGAAGCAAAUCUUGCUGACAUUGAUUCUCUGAUCCCAACUCAUGAUGAGAACGGGAGGCCCAUUGCUGAAUGGAAGAGGCAGGUUAUGGUGCGCAAGCUUCAGGCUCGACUGCAGAACGAAGACAACCACUGCAGAAAAGACAACAGUGACAAACAUAUUGAGUUGGAUGGUUGGCGGUAUUCCCAAGUACACAAUGUAAUUUUGGGCCCUUUCGGAGAACUGCUUACCGAAGAUGACCUGGUCUACUUGGAGGGACAGAUUGAAACAAUUUCCCUUCAAAAACGAUGCCAGGCCUAUGAACUAGAGCUUGCCCGGCUGGCGGAGGAACUUAGGGCCAUCCUUCCUGCUCCCAUUGUUAAUAUCACAGUCAACACCCAGUGCCAGCAGCUCCCAAACAUGGAGGAAUCUCUGCCUCUUCCAGUGUGGUACAAUCGUAUCUCAAAUAUAGUAAAGAGCAUGUCACUGCUCCUGACAAACCUCUCAGAAACAAAUGGUGAGGAUGGGAUCUGUAACACGGAUCUGGCAUCGGUCUUCACAUACCGGCCAGAGAGGCAAAGUUCAAUCAGAGGACGAAGGCAGAAGGUGGAACUGGAGAUCCAGCAGUCAGGAGUUUCUGUGAGAAAUUUAAGGUCCAACUUUGAAGGUCAGAUAGGAAACAUCUACCCAUUUUCUGGCCUUUUAAACAACACAUCUGACACAAGGCAGCAAAAACUGUCUACAUCAACAAAUCGAAAUGAGCAGUCCAUGGGGACAAUCCAAAGCACUGACAUAAAUCACGUUAAUGACAGUGCCAUAAAAUGCCAACAGGCACUGGGCAAAGAUGCAACUAAAGUGAUGGAGACCACCUGCUUGCGGAAGGAACGUAUCGUUGUCCUCUUUUUGAGCCACUGGAAAAGGUCUGCGUAUGCAAUAUCAGUGCGAGCCAAGAUGAAACAAGAGCUUGGCACUCUUACAGGAGAAGGAAUAACAACUCCAGUAUCCAAGCCAGGAACCAGAUCACUGUAUCAUCUCUACAGGCAAAGAACCGCAAUAGACAAGAUGAUCGGCAACUGGAAACGCGUCGCCUCAGGGGUCCCAUCACGUCAGAUUCGAAGCCUCCAGAGGAAGCGUGUGACCUACUCGCCCGAGCAGUUCCUUCCUCGUGUGGACGGUGCUCCUGUUGCUUAUGACAGCCUGACCCUUGACCUGUUCAUGCUUGGGUAUUUUCACAUUCUUGAGCAGGACCUCCCAGCUGAGGAACGCAAGAUGAGGCACCUGUUAUGCUUUGAGGUGUUCGACCACAUAGGGAACUUUCCCUGGGAGACAGUCCGAGACUUCCACAGGGCCGUCCUCAAGGACAUUGAGGCUGGGAGACGCGAGUGGAAAGAUGGUUUUGAGGACAUCAAAAUACAAUACUUUGGGAAAAGAGAAAAUGGAGUUUCCAAGGAGUCUGUGAAGGAUUCUUGUGCUGAGGUUAAAGUUGUGCCGCAAGUUAUCAUCGAGAAUACCAUACCAAUUGAUGGAGAACAUCUCAGCAGAGAUGGAGGCAAUGAUUUCUCAAUGUUUAGUAAUGAUGAAAUUUGUAAAUAUAUUGAUCGCAGUUUCACCUUCUGGAAGGAGAAAGAAGCAGAGCUGUUUGAUUUUUGAUAUUUUUGAAUGCGGUGAUGGUUUAUACUGUAUAUGAACACAAUAUAAUUGUUAAUUAUUUUGAAUACAAAAUAAUUUUGAAUAAUUAUUUUGACAUGCAUUUUGAAUAAAUGAUAAAUGAUGAAUGACAAGAAAGACUACGACUACUAUAUGUUAUUUAGUACUUUGUAAUGCAGCAUCAGGUAAAACGUACCUUAUAAAUAAAAACCAUGAUUAUUAUACAAUGAUAA